CAUGGCGCGGUAUGCGGAUAGAGUGCCGUACUGGGUCACUUUCAACGAGCCAAACAUUGCCGUGCAGUUCACCCUGCCCAGCUACGACGGAUUGACGGCGUUCCUCCUUGCCCACGCGGAUGUCUACCGCUGGUACAAGGACGUUCUCGGAGACACGGGCAAGAUCACCAUGAAGUUCGCAAACAAUCUCGCUGUCCCUCUAGACCCGGGCAACCUGGACGACGUCGCAGCCUCCUACCGCUACCAGGACUUCAUUCUCGGCAUCAUGAGCAACCCCCUCUUCUUGGGAGAACAGUUCCCUGAAGUCGUCCUCAACACGCCCAAGAUGAACACUACCCUUACAAAGUCACUGACCGACGAACAACUCACGCACAUCAACGGCACCAUGGACUACUGGGCCUUUGAUCCCUACGGCGCCCAAUACGCGACGAACCCACCAGGCGGCUACGAAGCCUGCGCGGCCAACUCCUCAGACCCCCUCUGGCCCUCGUGCGUGACGCUCACCACGAUCCAAGCCAACGGCUGGGCAAUGGGUGCAAUCUCCGAAGGCGGCGCCCUCAUCGCCCCCUCGUACGUGAGAGAGCAAUUCGGCUUCGUAUGGAACACGUACCGGCCGUCGGGCAUCAUGGUCACCGAGUUUGGGUUUCCGCAGCUGGCGGACGCGGAGACGUCGCACGAUGCGCAGCGGUAUGAUUUCGAGAGGACAAUGUACUAUCAGAAUUUCUUGACCGAGACCUUGAGGGCUAUUCACGAGGACGGUGUGAAUGUUAUUGGGGCGCUGGCGUGGAGCUGGAUUGAUAAUAAUGAGUUUGGGAGCUUUGAGGCGCAGUAUGGCAUGAUGGGUGUGAAUCGGUCGGAUCCCGGGUUGGCGAGGUGGGUGAAGAGGAGCUUUUUUGACUACGUGGACUUUUUCCAGAGUCACAUCUGAGUCUUGUAGAUACUAUCGAGGAAAGUCGUAAAUGCUCCUC